AUGGACCAGCAACGAUUCUUGCAGCAGCUGCAGAUUGUUCUGAAUCCCUCCCAGGGUAACGUUAAGGAGGCCACUGGCAUUCUUCAACGCGAAUAUUACAAACACCCCGAGUCCCUCGUCCUCCUAAUCCAGGUUGCGACCGGUCACGAGGAUGUUCAGCUGAAACAAUUGGCGGCUGUUGAAGCCCGCUCCCUUGUGGGCAAGCAUUGGGCGAAGGUGCAGGAUGCCCAGAAGCCUGCCCUCCGGGAACAGCUCCUGCGCUCUGGUGUUAGCGAGAGCAACGACCUUGUCCGCCACUCCGUUGCUCGCGUCAUUUCUGCCGUUGCCAAGGUUGAUCUUGAAGAUGGCCAGUGGGCCGACCUUCCCAACUUCUUGAUUCGUGCAGCAGACGGCGGUAACAAGGACGAGCGUGCUGUCUCUAUGUAUAUUUUGUUCACCAUCUUGGAAACACUGGGCGAAGGUUUCGAGGAGAAAUUCCAGGAGCUGUUCAAUCUGUUCAGCAAGACCAUCCGUGAUCCCGAAAGCCCUGAAGUGCGUAUCAACACUUUGCUCGCUCUGAGCAAGUUGGCUAUGUACCUCGACUCCGCGGAGAAUGAGGCUCCUGUCAAGGCGUUCCAGGAACUUGUUCCCUCCAUGGUCGCUGUCCUCAAGGAUGCCAUUGACCAACAGGAUGAGGAACGCAUCAUGCAGGCCUUUGAGGUCUUCCAGACAAUUCUCGGCUUUGACCCUGCUCUUUUGACCGUGCACCUGAAGGAUUUGGUUAUCUUCAUGAACGAGAUUGCCGCCAACACCGAAGUUGAGGAGGACACUCGCACUCAGGCCAUCAGUUUCCUCAUGCAGUGCGUGCAGUACCGCAAGCUCAAAAUCCAGGGCAUGCGUCUCGGCGAGCAGCUUGCCCGUACCUCUCUGCAGAUCGUCACCGAGCUUGGUGAUGCUUCCCCCAACGAUGACGAUAUCACCCCUGCCCGCUCUGCUCUGGGUCUGCUCGAUAUGCUCGCUCAGAGCCUGCCUCCUAGUCAGGUCGUUGUCCCGCUGCUCCACUCCCUCGGCCAGUACUUCAGCAACAGCAACCCCGACUACCGCCGUGCGGGUAUCAUGUCCUUGGGCAUGGUCGUGGAGGGCGCUCCCGAUUUCAUCAGCACCCAGAUGAAGGAGAUCAUGCCCAUGGUUCUGCAGCUCCUUGCCGAUCCGGAGCUCAAGGUCCGUCAGGCCUCCUUGCACACCGUUGCUCGCCUGGCCGACGAUCUCACUGAAGACCUCAACCGUGAGCACGCCCAGCUUAUGCCCUUGCUCUUCCAGAACCUUGCCAGUGCUAUGCAAGAGUCUAAUGGUGAAGAGGAGGGACCGACUGUCGACAUCAUGAAGGCUGGUCUCAGUGCCAUUGAUGCCGUUGUUGAUGGCUUGGAUGAGAAGGACGUUGUUUCCUACCAGGAUCGCUUGGUUCCCAUUCUUCACGAACUCUUCAAGCAUCCCAACUACAGAAUCAAGGGCCUCGCCGCUGGUGCCCUUGGAUCUCUCGCCUCUUCCGCUGGUGACGCUUUCCUUCCGUUCUUCGACACAUCCAUGCAUCUCCUGCAGGAGUUCGCUGCCGUCAAGGAUAGUGAGGAGCAGCUUGACCUCCGUGCUAGUGUCACUGAUGCUAUGGGCGAGAUGGCUGCUGCCGCCGGACCUGAGCGCUACCAGCCGUACGUUGAGCCGCUUAUGCGUGCAACUGAGGAGGCUCUUCACUUGGGUCACUCCCGUCUGAAGGAGAGCACCUACAUCUUCUGGGGCGCCAUGGCCAAGGUCUAUGGUGAGCACUUUGCUACAUUCCUCGACGGUGCAGUAAAGGGCUUGUUCAAUUGCCUUGAACAGGACGAGGAAGAUCUUGAGGUCUCACUCGGUGAGGCCGCCAAGGAUCUCAUCGGUCAGGAAGUCACCGUCGCCGGCCGCAAGGUCAAGGUUGCCAGCGCUGACGACGACGAUGAGCCCGUCGGUGAGGAUGGCGAGAUUGAAGAUGUCGACCUCGACGAUGAGGAUGACUGGGAUGAUAUCACCGCUACCACUCCUCUGGCUCUUGAGAAGGAAAUCGCUAUUGAGAUCAUUGGCGAUCUCGUCACUCACACAAGGAGCGCCUACCUUCCCUACUUUGAGAAGACUAUUGAAAUGGUCAUGCCCCUUGCUGAGCAUCCUUAUGAGGGUGUCCGUAAGGCCACUAUCAGCACGAUGCACCGAUCCUACGCCAUGCUCUUCACAAUUGCUGAGGAAACCGGCCAGAUGGCCAAAUGGAAGCCUGGUCUUCCCUUACAGGUCCAGCCCGCCAAGGAGGUCCAGAAGUUCGGCGAGAUCCUCAUGACUGCCACCCUCAAGAUGUGGACGGAAGAAGACGACCGAUCUACCGUCGCCGACAUCAACCGCAACAUGGCGGAGAACCUCCGCUUCUGUGGACCCGCCUUGAUCGCCAACGAGACUACUCUGCACAAUGUCAUCACGAUGAUUACAGACAUCAUCACCAAGAAGCACCCUUGCCAGCUCGAGUACGUCGAAGAUGACGUCGAUGCCGGUGAAGAGACAUCCGAGUUCGACUGGAUCGUUGUUGACACUGCCCUCGAUGUCGUUUCCGGCAUGGCUGCAGCCCUCGGUGAGAGUUUCGCGGAGCUGUGGAAGGUCUUCGAGAAGAUUGUCCUGCGCUACGCUGGCAGCACCGAGUCCAUCGAACGUGCUACUGCUGUCGGUGUCCUCGCUGAGUGCAUCAAUGGCAUGGGCGCGGCUGCCACCCAGUUCACUCCUGGCUUCCUCAAGCUUCUCAUUCACCGCCUGGGCGAUGAGGACCCUCAGACCAAGUCCAACGCUGCUUACGCCGUUGGCCGCCUCGUCGAGCACUCCAACUCCAACGAGAUUGUCAAGGAGUUCCCUACCAUCCUCAGCCGCUUGGAGCAGUGCCUUCACCAGGAUGUCUCCCGCCUACAAGACAAUGCCACUGGCUGUCUUAGCCGCAUGAUUCUCAAGUACCGCGAGAACGUGCCGAUCAAGGAGGUCCUACCUGUUCUCGUUUCGAUCCUGCCCCUCAAGAAUGACUACGAGGAGAACGACCCUCUCUACCGCAUGAUCUGCCAGAUGUACAAAUGGGAAGAUGCCACCAUCCGGGAACUCACUCCCCAGUUCCUCCCCGUCUUUCAGUCUGUGCUCUGCGGCGACGCCGACCAGCUCGAGGACGAGCGCCGUGCCGAGCUCAUUGAGCUCGUCAAGUGGCUGAACCAAAUGCAGCCCGGCGCCGCUCCCUGGGCUGAGCAGCUGUGA